AUGAAAAGUAACUUCUCCUGUACUGCAUCUAGUCCAAACCGGCAGGCCUGCCCGCAGAACAGGUUCCGAACCGGCAGGCCUGCCCGCAGAACAGGUUCCGAACCGGCAGGCCUGCCCGCAGAACAGGUUCCGAAUAACGAGUUACACCAACAGACACACGACCGUCAGGACAGUCAGCUAGCCUCCAUUACCAUGGACAGUCAGCUAGCCCCCAUUACCAUGGACAGUCAGGACAGUCAGCUAGCAUCCAUUACCAUGGACAGUCAGCUAGCCCCCAUUACCAUGGACAGUCAGGACAGUCAGCUAGCCUCCAUUACCAUGGACAGUCAGCUAGCCUCCAUUACCAUGGACAGUCAGCUAGCCCCCAUUACCAUGGACAGUCAGGACAGUCAGCUAGCCUCCAUUACCAUGGACAGUCAGCUAGCCUCCAUUACCAUGGACAGUCAGCUAGCCUCCAUUACCAUGGACAGUCAGCUAGCCUCCAUUACCAUGGACAGUCAGCUAGCCUCCAUUACCAUGGACAGUCAGGACAGUCAGCUAGCCUCCAUUACCAUGGACAGUCAGGACAGUCAGCUAGCCCCCAUUACCAUGGACAGUCAGGACAGUCAGCUAGCCUCCAUUACCAUGGACAGUCAGCUAGCCUCCAUUACCAUGGACAGUCAGGACAGUCAGCUAGCCUCCAUUACCAUGGACAGUCAGCUAGCCUCCAUUACCAUGGACAGUCAGGACAGUCAGCUAGCCUCCAUUACCAUGGACAGUCAGCUAGCCUCCAUUACCAUGGAAAGUCAGGACAGUCAGCUAGCCUCCAUUACCAUGGACAGUCAGGACAGUCAGCUAGCCCCCAUUACCAUGGACAGUCAGGACAGUCAGCUAGCCUCCAUUACCAUGGACAGUCAGCUAGCCUCCAUUACCAUGGACAGUCAGGACAGUCAGCUAGCCUUCAUUACCAUGGACAGUCAGGACAGUCAGCUAGCCCCCAUUACCAUGGACAGUCAGCUAGCCUCCAUUACCAUGGACAGUCAGGACAGUCAGCUAGCCUCCAUUACCAUGGACAGUCAGGACAGUCAGCUAGCCUCCAUUACCAUGGACAGUCAGCUAGCCUCCGUUACCAUGGACAGGACAGUCAGCUAGCCUCCAUUACCAUGGACAGUCAGGACAGUCAGCUAGCCUCCAUUACCAUGGACAGUCAGCUAGCCUCCAUUACCAUGGACAGUCAGCUAGCCUCCGUUACCAUGGACAGGACAGUCAGCUAGCCUCCAUUACCAUGGACAGUCAGCUAGCCUCCAUUACCAUGGACAGUCAGGACAGUCAGCUAGCCUCCAUUACCAUGGACAGUCAGCUAGCCUCCAUUACCAUGGACAGUCAGGACAGUCAGCUAGCCUCCAUUACCAUGGACAGUCAGGACAGUCAGCUAGCCUCCAUUACCAUGGACAGUCAGCUAGCCUCCAUUACCAUGGACAGUCAGGACAGUCAGCUAGCCUCCAUUACCAUGGACAGUCAGCUAGCCUCCAUUACCAUGGACAGUCAGGACAGUCAGCUAGCCUCCAUUACCAUGGACAGUCAGGACAGUCAGCUAGCCUCCAUUACCAUGGACAGUCAGGACAGUCAGCUAGCCUCCAUUACCAUGGACAGUCAGCUAGCCUCCAUUACCAUGGACAGUCAGGACAGUCAGCUAGCCUUCAUUACCAUGGACAGUCAGGACAGUCAGCUAGCCCCCAUUACCAUGGACAGUCAGCUAGCCUCCAUUACCAUGGACAGUCAGGACAGUCAGCUAGCCUCCAUUACCAUGGACAGUCAGGACAGUCAGCUAGCCUCCAUUACCAUGGACAGUCAGCUAGCCUCCAUUACCAUGGACAGUCAGGACAGUCAGCUAGCCUCCAUUACCAUGGACAGUCAGCUAGCCUCCAUUACCAUGGACAGUCAGCUAGCCUCCGUUACCAUGGACAGGACAGUCAGCUAG